CGUUAUCUUGCCUCGUUUUACGCGUACACGCAUUUCUUUACGAGCUUCAUCAAUCUCUUCACGAUUACCACUUGCCAAGAUGAUUUAUACUUCUGCUGUCUUCCACGGUACUGCUCGCGUCACCAUCACCGGGCUCCUCACAGUGUCGUUCUUCAAGAAAGCUGCUGUUGACCACGCCGCCCAGGUCAUUCACUCAGCGGAAAAGGUCACUAUUGUCACUAUUGGCCUCGCCGCUGCGGACCUCUGCCUCUCGACGGCGAUCCUCUUACUUGCAUCCGACAGAACUGCACGGAAACUACUUAGUGGCGACUUCAAUCAGCCCAAAGACAAAUCUCCAUCACUCUAUAGCGACAACAUGCCAGAAACCUCCACGCCCCCUACUUCCCCCUCCACGGACUUCACGGACUAUAGUGCACCUCUUACUGGCACCACACCAGUUCCGAGACAGAAGCGGUUCUCCGUGGAAUCCCAUACAACACUGGUGGCCGACGACGACGACGACGAUCCCUCGGAUCUCAAACAAUCAUUUGGCGACGAAAGCGAGGAUGGCAACUUACUCCAUGGAACAAAACACGCCACCCACCGAGUCGACAACUCCGAUUCUCAGCUCAUCCUGACCGACGGACACUGGACGACCACAGCAAACCCCGACUUCCCACUGCCUGCCUCAUUGACGACGACGACGACGAGAACAUCCCUCUUUCUCACUGGAAGCACACCCACGCAGUCUAUCAGCCCACCGCCCAAGCCUCCCGAUACGGAGCGCAUCCUCAACCGGCGCCAACAACAGCACCGUGCCCGUUUGCGUGCUGCCCGCGCGCGUUCUUACAUUGGUAAGUAAUUCCUCCUGACGUCUACAUCACUUAUUCAUAUAAAAUAGGCCACCUUGAGCAACUUCGUGACGAGAUCCUCGUCGACCAAGUGGCUCUCGUCGAUGGCUGGGCCGACGCCAUGGUGAAACUCGGCCUCACUUCCAUACUAUCACCAGCCUCAUCGCUCCCGAACACGAUUUAUACACACUAAUCACUACUCGCAUCCCGAAGACGCACAUCGGCCUCCUUCGCUGUCCCCUACGACUUGGGCAAACAUUGCCCACGAGGUUGAAGGCCACCGCCGGCCGCGCACACUCUAUCUCUACGCGCCGCCUAGCAUCUCCGCGAUCUUCGAUAUCCGAGGUCUCCUACGACCGAAUCCCGCAAUCUAUCGGCCUCCUUCUGUCCCCUACGACCCGGAGCUUCACCGCCCAAGAAGUUGAAGGCCGCCGCCCAGCGUUCGCGGUCCUGCACGCACAUCUAACCCGAGUCUCAUCUCCAU